CUUCCUUCAUGUAUCUUCUGUUAUGGCUCUUGCGCAGGUCUGGCCACCUGAUCUCCAUUCUGGUGCCAAUGGAUGUUCCUUGUGAUGACGUGGGUGCGCUAACAGUGUGUUCUUCACAGGUGGUCGCUGUGUAUGGGACUUUGUCAGACUUGCUUUCUGUGGCCAGCAAUAAACUUGGAAUCAAAGCAACAAGUGUGUAUAAUGGGAAAGGUGGACUGAUCGAUGACAUUGCCUUGAUCAGAGAUGAUGAUGUUCUCUUUGUAUGUGAAGGAGAACCCUUUAUUGACCCUCAGGCAGAUAUGAAACUACCUGAAGGACCAACAGGAUCUCAUACAGACUGGCUGACUCUAAAUGUAGGAGGACGAUACUUUACAACCACAAGGAGCACUUUAGUGAAUAAAGAACCUGACAGUAUGCUGGCCCACAUGUUUAAGGACAAAGGUGCCUGGGGAAAUAAACAGGAUCACAGGGGAGCUUUCCUAAUUGACCGAAGUCCUGAGUAUUUUGAACCCAUUUUGAACUAUCUCCGUCAUGGACAGCUUAUUGUAAAUGAUGGCAUUAAUUUAUUGGGCGUGUUAGAAGAAGCCAGGUUUUUUGGUAUUGAUUCAUUGAUUGAACAUCUGGAAGUGGCAAUAAAGAAUUCUCAACCACCAGAAGACCAUUCCCCAAUAUCUCGGAAGGAGUUUGUCCGGUUCCUGCUAGCCACACCAACCAAGUCAGAAUUGCGUUGCCAGGGGCUAAACUUCAGUGGUGCUGAUCUUUCUCGUCUGGACCUUCGAUACAUCAACUUCAAGAUGGCCAAUCUAAGUCGCUGCAACCUCGCGCACGCUAACCUCUGCUGUGCGAAUCUCGAGCGAGCCGACCUCUCCGGAUCCGUGCUGGAUUGUGCCAACCUGCAGGGGGUGAAGAUGCUUUGUUCCAACGCCGAAGGGGCCUCCCUAAAGCUGUGUAACUUCGAGGAUCCUUCGGGCCUUAAAGCCAAUUUGGAAGGUGCUAAUUUGAAAGGUGUGGAUAUGGAGGGAAGCCAGAUGACAGGGAUCAAUCUUCGCGUUGCUACAUUAAAAAAUGCAAAAUUGAAGAACUGUAAUCUUCGAGGAGCAACCCUAGCAGGAACAGAUUUAGAGAAUUGCGAUCUCUCGGGCUGUGACCUCCAAGAAGCCAACCUGCGAGGCUCCAAUGUCAAGGGCGCCAUCUUCGAAGAGAUGCUGACCCCAUUGCACAUGUCCCAGAGCGUCAGAUAAGAAGCCCCCUUGAGGGGUGACUGUAGGUGACUGAUCUCGAACCAGAGGAGAUGGGAAGUGUUUUCCUUGUGACACAUUUUUCUCCACCUACUCAAUAGUCUAGAAGAAAUAACACUGUAAAAGAAUUACAAAGCAGUUAGACAAUAAUGUAUAUUCUCAGUAGUGCCUAAGGGAAAAAAAAUCUCACUUUUUUCCCUCACGUUGUAAAGAGGAAGCAUUUACUUAAUAGCCGACUGAACAUUAGCUUCUCUUGCUGCCUUUCUGAACGGGCUGGGAGCCUUUGCCUGGCCUUAUGGUCAGGAAUAGGAUAUAAUAGUAUCUUUGCUUUUAAAUAGGCAUGUUAUGGAAACACCAUCUUGGUUUGAAAUUCAUUGAGGGUUUUAAUUUAUGAAAAGCACAACAUAUGCAAUUAUUUAUUGAAUUUCUAGAUGCAAUAUGGAUAUUUAAACUGUUAAAAGUUUGUGCAAUUAAGGGGGGAAGUUGUCGAGGUUACAGCUAGCUUUAGAGUUGCUGCUGUUCCUUUAAUGGCCUGUAUAUGAAUGUGGUGGGGCCAGACUCCCCAAGCCUCUCUUUUCAGGUACAUUUUCAUAAUGUUUAUUUUUUUUGAGCAACACAACAGCUAAACUAAAGAAAUUCUCAGUUCUAACUGAGGGGGUGGGGAGUGGGGGGGAGACUUCAUUCUCUCUCUUUGAAUUCAGGUGAUGGGAUGGAGCAGACGUCUUUUAAAGUGUGCCAGGAGUGAGUGUGAAGAACGUCUUCCUUCUCAGCAGGGGCGUUUGCUAUGGCUCCAGCAUUAGUGGGUAUUCCUGCUUGGCUCUAAGCAAGGUUCUCCCCAUCCCCAAAGCAGACAGUUAAUUGAUUUGCACAGGCCUGGUUAUCUCCUACAGUCAAGCAUGUAAAGAUGCUUGUAUAACCAAAAAAAAAAAAAUCAAGGUGCAUCAAUAAUAGUCAUUCACCGCAGGUGCUGAUCAAUGUAGACAAUCACCGCGUAGGAGGGUGGUGAAUCGAAUCCAAAUCCAUUGCUGAGUGUUGGGAAAUAGGAAGGAAGAGGUGAGCGUGUGUUCUUGGGAGUCAGAGCAGUCCAGACUCCACUGUGGGGCUCAACGCUGGUCACCUCCCCCCAAAGGGUGGCGGCCGAUGCCAGAUUCAGGCGGUCAGUCUGCCCCGUGGCCCUUCCUGCCCCCAUUCUAGCUCUCCCAAGGCCGGGCAGCAAGCCAAGAAACAGGAGGAAGGCCUUAGGUUCUCUUCAUGUUGUCUAGUCUUUUCUACAUAUGCAAAGCUUUCCUUCGCGAGAAAGAGCGUGUGCGGAGGGAGAGAUCAGACCUCGGGAGCUGUGGGAAAGCGACUUCAAAAAUGAAUUAUUUUCUUUGCUUUAUCAUUUUUUAUCAAGACAGAGAAGUAGAAUAUUGUAUUGAAAGAGAUCUAUUUUCAUAAUCAGUCUGUGUAUAAAUUAUAUUUAAAUAAUUCAUUUCCCUGUCUGUGGUAAGUCCAGAAUGCAUUCUUCGUUCACCCAAAGGUACCUCUUAGGACAUGACUUUACACUGCAGAAGGCGCGAGACCUGCUCUGUUUCAAAUCUGCAGAUUUCAAGUCUAAUGUAA